AUGUCGACAUCUAGACCAGUAACUCCGGCUUCCCCUCGGUUUAUAAAGAUUAAAUCGCCACAACCUGGAGUUCCUAAAUAUGGCUGUCAGCAUAUUCAACAACUAUUGAAUCCGGCUCAUGAUGAACGUAUGAGAAACACAAUUACAUAUUAUAAGAAUUGUUUGAGAGUGGUUCUAGAUAAUACACCAAUUGUACCUCAGACGUCUAAGACGCCGAAAGGCCCGCCCCUCACUUCUCUGACGCCAAAUUACCUCUGUUUGCAAUGUGAACGAACAGCUACGGCUCAGGAUCAUGUAAAGCAUGGCCAGGAGACUUCGCAUAGAUUCUAUGUUGAAUCAAGGACGGGAGCUUUGUUUUGCCAAAUGUGCAGUGAUUUUGUAUGGGAUCCUACACUAGAGGAAUUGAGAGUGCGCAAAAUUGGAACUGGGUCUUUUUCUAGUCGAAAGCGAAAACAUGACGAACUUUUCACAGACGCCACAAAAGAGGACCCAAGAUUUAUAUCCACAAAUACAAUGUCAGCUCCUUGUAGAGCAAGUGGUGUUAGGGGUAUCUACAAUAUGGGAGCCACCUGUUAUAUGAAUGUUAUUCUCCAAUCUUUCGUUCAUAAUCCUCUGCUUCGAAACUUUUACCUCGGAGACGGUCACCAAGCAAGCGAAUGCGAACAAAAAAAUUGUAUGAGUUGCGCUAUGGAUGACAUGUUCCAAGAUUUCUAUUCGCAAGAAAUUACAACAGGAUAUUCAGCUUCAAAUAUACUUGCUAGCUUCUGGCUUUCGAAGAGAAAAGCAUACGAAGAGUUGGCAAGUAACAAAGAGCAAGACGCUCAUGAGUUCUUCCAGUUUCUUACCGAGGAGUUGCACGAAAUCAACGGUGGAUCACGAGCAAGCGAUCCAGAAGAUAGCAGCCCAAAUCCUAAGCGAUCAAAAAUGGAUCAAGGCUGCAAAUGCAUUGUCCACCAGACAUUUUAUGGGAAGCUUCAAAGCACUAUCACAUGUCAGAAUUGCGGAGACGUGAAUACAUCGGUUGAGUCAUUCCUAGAUCUAAGUUUAGGUCUUGAUGUUAUUCAGAAAAAGAGCAAGCUAAAGGCAGCCACUGGCACGAUAAGUCUUCAACGUUGUCUAGACGAAGAGUAUAUUCGACCUGAACGUUGCGAGUAUUCAUGUAAUCAAUGUGAUACUUCAGAGGCAAAGAAGCAACUCAGUAUCAAAAGCCUACCCAACGUAUUGUGUAUUCAACUUAAGCGCUUCAAACAAGACCCCAGAGGUCUGGCCUCAAAGAUCGAUACCACUGUUACCUUUCCACUUCAAUUACAUAUGCUUCCUUACACCAAUCGUGCUCGUGGUGUAGACACGAAGAAUAAUUUUGAGCUGGCCAGAUCAUGUACUUAUGAUUUGCAGAGUGUUGUGGUCCAUGUUGGCAAUUUGGAAACUGGUCACUACGUAUCCUACUCCCGAGUCGGAAACCAGUGGUUUAAGUUCAAUGACCAUAAUGUUACGUUGGCGAGUAAGAGUCAAGUGUUGAAUGAACAAGCUUUUCUGCUAUUCUACGUUAUUCAAAGUCUAGCUUGA